UAAUGCUUGUGUUUCUUUUUGAUUUUUGUUGUUGUUGUUGUUGGGUUUAACAUCACAGUAACACGACACAAAAGCAACAAACACGACAUGCCAUAAACCACUAUAUAAUACAGCAUACGUUUUUGCAAGGGGUGUCGGCUGAUUUGCACUUGCCAUUUAAAACCAUAAACUUACCCAGAUGAUAUUGGCCGUGUACUAAAAGAGCUUCCUUUUGCAGAAUAAAUAAUUCUUUUCAUUAUGUAAAAUUCCAUUUUCCUUUCAUGGUACUUUGUAUAUCUCGAAAGGUAAUGUUUUGAUGUUUCCAAGCGGCAGAGAAACUAAUAAAUAAUGUUUUAUAUGGCAUAAUUUUGAUACAUGAUUGGCUACAAUAUUGAACGCAAGUUGUUACAGUGAUUGAUUACCAACUAGAGUUAAAAUUUAUAAACGAACGAGUAUAACUAUGCGCAAAAUGAAGCGGCUUGACAAAUCGGAUGUCGCGGGAAAACUGUGAUCUCCAUUCGUUGAAUUUAAACGAAAAUUUAUUUUGAUAGCUGUACUUUUUGAAAGUGUCAAGCUUAGUACUCAUAGAACGGUCGAUUCGUUUUUAUACAUUAUUCUUAAAUAUGAAUAGGUAUUUUCUUAUCAAAUACACGAUAAUUUGGUAAUCUAGUGGAUCAUGGCAAUGUACUGGUUUCUUGGUUUUGCGUGUAUUUUCUUGCAUUUUCUGUUUACCGAUGCCAGCGCGGACUCUGGACAUUGUUUUGAUGCUUCGAAAUACCUUGUUCGUGAAAUAGGACUAGGUGUUGAGAAAUUUUGGGGGUCAAAGACGCAGAACGUUGAACAUUGCAUGAAGUUAUGUGUAAGACAAAAGCAAUGUAAGUCUAUAAACUUUGAUCUGGAAACAGGAAUGUGUGAGCUGAAUAAGAAAUAUAGGAAUGGAACACAGAAGGUUUCUAAAUCAAACGUUUACUCUGAGUUCCGGUCUUGGCCUCCGGAGGUCGACAAAAAUUGUUAUAAUCGUCCAUGCAAAGACAACGAGGUGUGCAUACCAAAGAACCUGCUGAUGUCUUCAGAUGAUGGAACGUGUUCGUACUCUUGCAUGCAGUUCAGUCGCCCUGUUUGCCCUUUACCCAAAAUGGGUACUUUUAAUGGUCGAAACGUUGGCGCUGUGAAUAUAGUUAAGUGUCCAAACGGUAUGUUUGGCGGGGGUAAUGCCACGUGUCAGUCGAACCUAAGAUGGGACAAGGAAAUAGACAAAUGUGUUGGAUUUCGUUCUAAAAUUAGGCCGAGUUCCUCCGAAAAGUUUCUAAAUGCAUUUCUUGAAAUAAAUUAUGAUGGCGAGUGGAAAUGGGUUUCCAGCGACAACUGGAAUUGGAAAAAUACCCAGGUUGUCUGUAGAGACCUACAUGGCCUUGAAUACGGUGGCUUUUCCCGAGCACGGCACCAAAGCGCUUUUGAAACAAAUAAGAUUGCUGUGAAAAUAAGUUGCAAUGGAACUGAGAAGACCUUAGGAAACUGUGAUUUCAAUGGCACAGAGGACAGUCAAGAAUUGCCGAUGAUAUUAGUUUGCUUCAAAUACAACAUCAGCGACGGAAAACCAUUAGUAUAUAUUCAACUUUCAUCCGAAUCAUUAUCGGAGAGCGACAUAACAUCAAGUUUGUUAUGGGUAAAGUUCCACACCGCCUGGCGUCGAGUUCAUAAGGAGUGCAGCAAUGAUGGACACAGAUGGGGUCAAAAUGAAAGAAAAGUCGCAUGCCGCUCGGUUCUUCGAAAUGAAUCAAUUCUAUCACCGGAUUUCCAGUUCGGACAAGAGAAGGAUUCAUUAACAUUUGUUUGUCGAGGAGACGAGCCUCAUCUGCUAAACUGUCAUAAUCCAAUAUGUCAGAAAAGCACUUGGGAUAACAUGGAACAGGUUAAACUUACAUGUAAUUAGUAUAUAGGCAUAAUGGUCAAUGUCCACAUUUGAAACCUGAUCAACAAACUUUUAUUUUUUAUAGUUGUUUUGCGCUUGAUGUUUUCAGUUUCGGAAAUAUGUGAGACUUGAAAGAUUAGAAGUU